GAACCGCCACGGGACAUAACCGGUCACAGAGGCUCCCACGAACAAUCUAGUUUUGUCCCACCGGAGCUCGAUGCAGCACACUUCAUGGUCGUGAUCCUUCAGAACAUGAAACCAUCGCAAUGGAAUAUUUUCAGUGCACAUUGGGAGCCAGAAAGGAUCUUUUCAGUACGAGGGCCCAGGGGAUGACCUCACUAUGUUUUCGAUGCGUCCUUAAGUCGUAAAUUUUGGGCAGGGGUACAUCUCUCCGGGGUUCGUCAGGCUUCAAUCGGUAGGCUUCAAGCAACCAUCACAAUCAAUCAAUAUGAUCACUAUCGCUCCCGCAUCACAAUUGGAUCACUUACGUCUGCUUCCUUCUUCUUUGCCUCUCACGGAUCUCAGAUUCCAAGUUGCACCUCUGUUUCCUGCUGCUUCUGUAGUAUGUCGUGGGAGCUUGAUGAAGCACAAUGUGUGGCGUCCUGGCUAUGUGGGGCGCGGGUGCUGGUGAAAUAGGAGCAGGUAUCUGCAGUCGAGACGGAGACAUGCUCGGUGGUGGGGAAUUGGUGCAAAGGAGGACCAAGGGUAGAAUUAGAGUUUAUAAGGUUUUAGGUGUCGGUUAUGUGAUGGAUUGGGCGCGUGUGCCUCUGUUGGAUCAAUACCUGUUGCGGGAGAUGGUGCAUGUGCUCGUCCUCGCUAUCGGCUUCUGCACUACCCUUAAGUCCCUGGGCGCAUUGGCGGGUCUUGUUCGUGAAGUUGUUGUCUCUGGUUAGAGCUAACAUUAAGCCUCUAUUUUUGAGUGGCUUGAUUCCCAACAUAGGACCAAGAUUUCAAUUCGCCUCCCUACAAAUUUAUGGAUUUUACAAGCUCUACGACUUAGAUUGCAUGCUUCCUUUUUGCGGUUGGUGUGCCAAUGUGGCGGUUGCUGCUGACUCCGACUUGCAUCUGCAUCGUUGGGGCGAUCAUGAAGCUUGCCUGCCACAACUGCUUGGACCCUUAUGAUCUCGAAAAAUGGCAGAGACGGCGUUAACGACACACAUGCAGGAACUACGACAAACUGAAGGCGUCACUUGCCAAGAGUACAGAACCAUGGAGAUCGGAGUAGACGGUACUUGAAAGCCUUCUUUCAGGAGCUAUGGGUUGCAACGCAUAUGGUAUGCCAGCAAGAUGGAGGGAACUUGCUUGAAGGGGCUUCUACUUCUGAAAGUUUCGCCGUCUGGAUAUAUGUCCAUCAGGUGGUUGUGGCAUAUGCGGGAGAAUGGCAGACAGGUGAGAGCACCUGGAAACGCACCAGAAGAGAUGUGUCUUGGCAGGUGGAAGGUCUACGAGUUCCAAGCGCUCCCUUGACUAGCGGUCGAGGACUCUGGAAACGCACCUUACAAGAGCUUGCAAGUAGUGAAAUCAAGUCUGAGAUAUACAGACUGACGAAGAAGCUGGAAAUGCUGUCUCAAAAAAGGCAGAGCCCUGAAGAUACUAAAAACGUUGUCAAGGAGAUGGGAGACCAAGUAAUCGAUGCAAAUAUGAUAAACAAGCUAGUAAACAAGCUAACUCUGCAGCGUUUUCGUGUGUUGUCUAUGGCCUGAUUGGCGCGAUCGCAACGCUGGCGCCCAGUGGAAGGGGCUCGAGGUCGGUCAGCCGCGCCACUCCAUUUGCAUGGGCAAUGGUGGCCAGUUUGAUCUACAACACUAUCUCCGCUGCAGUAGUUGCUUUGGGCCACGCAAAAGCUAUGAGUCCAUGGUUAAGCGCCUGGCUACCAUCUUCACUAGCAUGUAGUCUUCUCCUUGCUAUCCUUACUAUCCUCUUAUAUUCAGAGCAUAAGCAACAUCUCAAUCUCUCGAUGCAAUCAAGGAACCUAAGAAUGAAUACAAUCUCUUGACAAACACAUUGCGAGUUCA